GACUGACGCUCAGUUUACUCAACACUAGUUCUGGGGUUAAAGUCACGCUCAUCUCUCUGAAAUGAAGCUGGGAACAAAGAAAGACUCCUCUUCUGCUGGCUUACUAUGAGACCGCUUGGGUCACCUACAAUAGCUGUGUAAAGCUGUAUUUAUCAGAGAUGUCCAGCACCACUGUGUCCCCAAAAGUGUCCUCCACGGACCAGCGGACGAUCGUCGUGGGUGCGUCCUGUUGUCUGGUGUUUUUCUCCAUGAUGGCCGUGCUGCUCUUGAUCGUGUACCGGAAGGUUCCUCUCUGCUGCAAGACCAGGGUUUAUCAGGAGUCUCGCACUGACACGGAGUCUCCUCAGUACUUCAACAGCAGACAGACUCUAGUAGCUUCGUCUGAUGCUGAACAAACACAUGGCACGGGUCUGGAUCAUGUGAAUGCAGAGUCGGGUUCGUUGUUCCUCAUUGGCGUGCCGAGCAGCUACUACCUUUCCUCACUGGAUCCUCCUCUUCCUCGUCUGCCCUCGUACGAGAGCGUCCGCAAGAAAGACCGACAGCGGCAGAUCCACACGAUGAUAGCCGACCGCUUCGGCCUGAACGCAGCUGUUGUGACAGAGCUGCCUCCCACGUAUGAGGAGAGCAUCCGUCAGUCAGUCCAGUCCAUCGACGGCCCGUUUGACAUCCUGGCACCUGAGGAGGAGCCGUCACAUGACCCAGCUACAGAUCUACCUGCAUAUGAAGAUCUACCUCAAAUCACAGACUCACUAGAUCCCAAUGACACUCUUAACUGAAGCGUGCUCAUGCAUGGGAAGAAUGCCAUCUAUCCUCUGAGGAAGAAGAACAGCUGUCGAGCUGUCACUGCCCUGAUGAGCGGCUGGUGUGUGUGUGUGUGUGUGUGUGAAUCCCCUGUGCUCGCAAAAGACACCAAAAUAGAGUAGGACUCGACCUAUGCAAUAACUUGCACUAGCACACUAUUAUACGAGAGGAGAAGGAUGCUGCAUCACUCCUGGGAAAAACAGAGAGACGAACAAGACUUUUGAAUUAUGAUUACUAUCUCUGUUAUGAACAUGAAUCUGCUAAUAUAUAGAAUUUUACUGACUAUAGAUAUUUCAGGGACUUUUCCAAGCCUAAAGAUUUAGAAAUUACAUUGCGUUCCAUGAUAUUACAUUAUUUUUCAUCUGCAGAAAAACGUAUUUCAGGAGAGGGGAGUGUUGAUUUCGUUUAGAUUAUAGAAAGUGAUGCCAGAUGUCCACAGUAACACAAGUGGCAUGUAUCACCUAUAAAUGAAGUCUAUUGUGAAUUGAUGUUUAAUUUUGAUCUGGUACCUGAGGAGCCGCUGGUGAACUGGACUGAGCUAAAGCACGAAGAGGGAUAUCUGAAGCCAUGAUUUGGAUAAUACAGGGAUGAAUCCUUUUUUAAUUUUUUAUUGCGGUUUCAUCAUUUGUAAUGCUUUUGUAUGAGAGUAUAUUCUUUCUGCAAAGCUACUUUCUGUUGGUAUAACAGAUGUGAUCAUUAUUUUAGGCAGAGAGAAGGGAAAUGAGUUCAGGAUUUCAGCAAACUGAUGGGAUUAUUAUUUUCUUCGGUAUAUAUGUUCCUUGUCAAAUCAAAUGAGAGUUUUGUUUCUGUCUUGAAGGACCUUUUAUGAAAGUGCUCAAUGUUUCCACUGUGAAUAAAGAUGUUAUACAGUUGUG